GUGACAUACGGGAAAAUAACAACAUAACAUUUGAUUCCAUUCCAUAACGACAGACAACAGGCAGUACCUAAUGAUAACCUAAAACCUUCAGCAAAAUUUUACAAAUUCAAAUCAUAAUCAAUUUGGCUUCCUAAUUUCAACAUUCAAGUACAAAAUGGGCAUUGCAAGAAAUAUACUUAAUUGGUACUCGAAACUAUCGCCUAAACGCGGUGUCUCUUUGCCACCGUAUGAACAUGUCAUACAAAUCGGAGACCCAAUAUUACGUAAAAAUUCGGAAUUAGUUCCUAUCAAUAAAAUCAAAACAAGAGAAAUUCAAGACGUAAUAAAGAAACUAGAAUUGGUUAUAGAUAAAUAUGGUAGUAUUGGAAUGUCCGCGCCUCAAAUUGGAAUAAACCUAAGAAUAUUCGCAAUGAGACUCACACAUCAACAAAUGCUUGGCGUUAGUAGAGACCUAAUAAGACUCCGAGGGAUGGAAGUCAUACCAUUCUCUGUUUUUAUAAAUCCAAAGUUAAAGGUAUUAGACUACCAUAAAGUAUCUCACAAUGAAGGAUGUGAAAGCAUACAAGGGUACUUAGCUGAGGUGCCAAGAUACAUAAGUGUGGAGGUUACAGCUCUGGAUUCCGUAGGUGAUUCAUUUAAUAGAAAAUUCAGAGACUGGACAGCAAGGGUAGUACAACACGAGAUAGAUCACUUGGAUGGAAGGCUGUACACUGACAUCAUGGACAGGAAAACACUUACCUGCGCCUGUUGGAAGGAAGUCAAUUUAUCAAAGGGUAAAGUUGCAAUACCAUUAAGUCCCCAUUAAUUUAUUUUAUACUUAAGAAUGUUAGCCCAAUGACAAUCACAGCAAAAAGCCACUUUUUAAAAUGGCUAUUCAUCUGAAAACUGGUCAUUGAUGUGACAGGACAUAAACAUUUAGCAUGAAUACCCGUCAGUUUUCUGUUGACAGCAUGACAGCAUUAUAAUCUUCAUUUCGAAACAAAUAUCAUGUCAAAAUUCCAAAACUUUGAUUUUUUUUUUACUAUUCACUCCAAUGCAUGUCUUUAAAAAAAAUCUGUUGCCUGUAACUUACAAAAUAUGCUUUGACUAAACCCUCAGUUUUAAUGAUGUUUCGGGUAUGAACUGGCAAAGCCCCUAUAGAAAUUUUGUUUAAAUGUCGUCAUAUCAUCACCAUUGUAAGUGACACAGUGUUUGACUAUUUGGUUGAUAAAUCAAAAACAUGUUUAAGAUUUAAGGUAAAAUAUGAACCCAAACAUUAUUUAUUAUGCAGUCGCAAAACAAAAUUGUGUAACUAACUAAAUUAACUAUGUUGAAAUGUUGAGCUAUUAAAUGAUUGUAUAAGAUUUCAAUGUUUUAACAAGAAAAAUGGAGCUUUCGUUAGUAUUAAAUUUUUCUCAUGCGACUGUAUUUAGUGGCAUAGAUAGUCUAACUAGUCAGUAACAAAAAAAUUGUAAAAUAAAAGGAAAAACAUUACAAAUAAAGAAACUUUUAUGUUAAAAGCAA